AAAACCACAAAGCAAGAAAAGAUCCUUUGCCACACUUGACACCUUCUCGAAUUCUCUAAAUACUAUUUUAUUGCAACAAAAUCCAACGUGGCAACCCCCGUUCUUCUCCUUUUCUUGAUUUUUUUUCUGUAUUUAUGCACUACUAACCUUUAUUUUUGAUCUCUCUUGCGUUUUAUUUCUUCAAGAUUUUCACUUUUUCCACUCUUCUGUGAUCUGUUUCUUAAUCUUAGAGCAAAAUAGCUUAGCCCUUUUUCUUGUUUCAUUCAUUUUUUACUUCUUCAUUUUUUUUCCCUCUUAUUUUUCUGUGUUUUGUAAUUCUUGGAGCUAUGGUUGCAGAAUCUCAGGAUAAAGGUGGAGUUACUAGCCAGGAAGGUUCAGAAACACAAAAUAUCUUGGCUGGAAAUGGAAAUGGCUAUCUGCCGAAGGUGAGGAAACCUUACACCAUUACCAAACAGAGAGAAAGAUGGACGGAGGAAGAACAUCAAAGGUUCAUCGAAGCUCUUAAGCUUUAUGGCCGUGCCUGGCGCCAAAUCGAAGAAUUCGUGGGCACUAAAAGUGCAAUCCAAAUCCGAAGUCAUGCCCAAAAAUUCUUUGCGAAGGUCAAUAGGGAUUCAAGUAAUGAUGCUGAGGGAUAUGUUAAUCCAAUUGAAAUUCCACCUCCUCGGCCGAAGAAGAAACCUCUCCAUCCUUACCCUCGUAAAAUAGUUAUUUCAUCCAAAACAGAAUCGAUGGUUUCACAUCAACCUGAAAUAACACCUAUACCAUACACACUGGCUACUGAAAGAGAUAAUCUCUCUCUAACCUCGGUUUUAUCAGUAAUUCGUUCGGUUGCUUUUGAAUCUACUGAGGUGCAUACAUCUCGUCUCUCACCAGCUUCAUGCGCUACAGACGCACAUUCUGCCAACUUAUUAUCUACAGAAAAUGAUAAUGAAUAUGUGGAAUUCAGCUUAGCUGCAGAAGAUAAGGAUGUUCAUUUAUCAUUCCAAAUAUCUUCUGCUUCAGUACCAGAUAAUAAAUCCGCCAUGAAUUUCGAAUUGUUUUCUCAAGACACCGCAUGUUCCAUUGAGCAUCCAGCCACCGGAGAACCUCACGCAAGUAUUAAGUUAUUUGGAAAGACAGUUGUGGUAAGAGAUACUCCAAAACAGUCUCUAGCAGUUGGGGAAAACUCUAAAUCAUUGCCACCCUAUGCCAUCGACGAGAACUACGACGGCAAUAGCGAAAAGCAUAUUCACGGGUUUACAUCAGACAACUUAAAUUCACGGGUUGCUUUUGGAUUUGUUUCUAACAGUGCAACUCCUCCUCGCUGUUUACCGCAGCAUUCAUUGAGCAACAUGUACUUCAAUACGGAGAACCAUUCUAGUCUUCCUUUGUGGGUUUAUCACAAAGGUCUUGUGUACCCCUAUGUCUCAUCUUGCAUCCGAAUAGGUGCAGAGAAUGCCGUGGAUUCUCCCUUGAGAGAAGAGCUGAAGAACGAAGAGCUUCAAAUGAAAAGAACAUCUGCUGAUUCUGAUGGCAGGCUGAUUAUUGAAGUCAAUAGCGAAUGUGAUUCCUUCGAGUCAAAACGUAAAGAAAAAUAUAAAAAAGGUUUUGAACCCUACAAACGAUGUGUAGCAGAGAGAGACGUGAACUCAUCAAUCUCUGUUUUAGAGGAGCGGGCAGGUCAAAGAGCUCGUGUUUGCUCAUAACAAUAGCCUUGUGGCGUAACUGUUUAUUCUUGCACGGUCUCAACCAGAAUGAUUUGCCUUCACUGUGUGGAUAGUUGCGUCAUUCUUUGCUUUAACCUGUUUGUAGGCAUUAAUUUUACACACACUAAGAGAGAGCCAGUUGAAUAUGAGAGGACCGAUGCCAAUUGUGCAAGUUCCUGCAGCGUUUGCUCAGUUCUCUCAGUUCAUGAGUGGCCGUGUCAACAGGAGAUGUCGAGAUUUUAGUCUUUCUGACUUUCAGCAAAAUCUUUAACCCUUUUCGUAACGUUUACAUUUCAUUUUUGCUGCAACUAAGGCAGUUGCCUCAUUUUAAUGAUAAUUGUUCCUCUCGACUUUCUUGCUCCC